AUGUCAGCUGAAUUGGCUGCAAACGGAGAGGAAGGUAUGGAUGUGACGGAGGCGAAGCCAGAGCCAGUUGAAGAUGUUAAAAUGGAAAACGAUGAGAACUAUGAUGACGAAAUGGAAGCAGAGGAAGGAGAGGACAGCUUAGAGUCGAAAUUUGAAGCAGAUUCGUUCAAGAGGUUCGAACUGUUACUGAAGAAGACUGAGAAUUUCUCACAUUGUUUGAGUGCGGGGGAUGUUGCUGCAUACAAAGGAUCACCAGUGAAAAAGAAGCGUGGCAGAACUGCAUCUGGCGUGGAUGGUGACCACAGACACAGAAAAACUGAGCAGGAGGAGGAUGAGGAAAUGGUGGAAGCUGCAGAAAGAGAGGAUAGCAUUACCAUUUUUGAUAAGAGCCCUUUCUACAUUCAAAAUGGAGAAUUAAGGGAUUAUCAAAUCCGUGGUUUAAACUGGCUGAUAUCUUUAUAUCAUAAUGGAAUCAAUGGAAUUCUCGCCGACGAAAUGGGUCUCGGUAAAACACUUCAAACGAUAUCCCUUCUCGGAUACAUGAAGCAUUACAAGAAUAUGGCCAGUCCUCAUCUAAUCAUUGUCCCAAAAUCAACACUGAAGAACUGGAUGAACGAAUUUGCUAAGUGGUGCCCGAGCUUAACGACGUGUUGUAUCAUAGGAGAUGAGCAAGAGAGAAAUCAAGUGAUUCGAGAUGUUAUUCUACCGCAGAAAUUUGAUGUGUGUUGUACAACGUAUGAAAUGGUUCUGAAAGUAAAAACUCAGUUGAAGAAGUUAGUUUGGAAGUAUAUAAUUAUUGACGAAGCGCAUAGGAUCAAAAACGAGAAAUCGAAGUUGUCCGAAGUGGUUCGUGAAAUCAAGUCGAAGAAUCGUCUGUUGAUUACUGGGACACCACUGCAAAACAACCUUCAUGAGUUGUGGGCUUUAUUGAACUUCUUGUUGCCGGAUAUGUUCUCAUCGUCGGAAGACUUUGACUCAUGGUUUACUGACGGAAGCAUGCAAGGGAAUACGGAUAUAAUUUCUCGGCUUCACAAGGUUCUUCAACCAUUCCUUCUGCGUCGUAUUAAAUCAGAUGUCGAAAAGACUUUGCUCCCCAAAAAAGAAGUUAAAAUCUAUGUUGGUUUGUCAAAAAUGCAACGCGAAUGGUAUACUAAGGUGCUAAUGAAAGAUAUUGACGUUAUUAAUGGUGCAGGAAAAGUUGAGAAGGCAAGGCUCAUGAACAUCUUGAUGCAUCUUCGUAAAGCAGCAAAUCAUCCAUAUCUUUUUGAUGGAGCCGAACCCGGACCCCCUUAUACUACUGACCAACAUCUCGUGGAUAACAGUGGAAAGAUGGUGGUGCUGGAUAAGCUUCUGCAGAAAUUAAAGGAACAAGGCUCUCGUGUGCUAAUUUUCUCCCAGUUCUCAAGAAUCCUUGAUUUGUUGGAAGACUAUUGUUGGUGGCGACAAUACCAGUACUGUCGCCUUGACGGUAACACUGCUCAUGUCGAUAGACAGGAAGCGAUAGAUGCGUAUAACGCCCCUGAUUCUGAAAAGUUCAUUUUUAUGCUAACGACCAGAGCUGGAGGUCUUGGUAUUAACUUGGCCACAGCAGAUGUUGUAGUCAUUUUUGAUUCCGAUUGGAAUCCACAGAGUGAUUUGCAGGCUAUGGAUCGUGCGCAUCGAAUUGGACAGAAGAAGCAGGUACGUGUUUUCCGUCUGAUCACCGAAAACACUGUUGAUGAGCGUAUCAUCGAAAGAGCGGAAGUGAAGCUGAGAUUGGACUCCAUUGUCAUCCAGCAGGGUAGGGUUGCUGAAGCGCAGAAAACGUUAGGAAAAGACGAUAUGAUCAACAUGAUUCGUCAUGGUGCAGAGUUGGUCUUUGCCUCGAAAGAUUCCACCAUCACGGAUGAAGAUAUUGAUAGUAUUCUCCAACGUGCGGAAGUGAAGACUGCUGAACUCAACGCGAAGAUGGAAGAAAUGGGCGAGAGUAAUCUGCGAAACCUCACUUUCGACAAUAGCAAAUCUGUGUACAACUUCGAGGGUGAGAACUGGAAAGGCAAACAAAAUGAUGGCAUGGGACAUUUCUGGAUUGAACCACCAAAGAGGGAACGAAAGGCGAACUAUCAGGUGGAUGCUUACUUCCGUGAGGCUAUGCGGCAAGGCCAACCGGUGGAGAAACAGUCACGUGCUCCUCGACCGAAGCAACCAGCUGUGUUCGACUUUCAAUUUUAUCCACCUCGUCUAAUGGAGCUGCUUGACCGUGAAACAUACCACUACAGGAAGACGAUUGGGUACAAGGCUGAGAAACCCAAAGAGUGUGGUCCAAAAGAGGCCGAAAAACGUCAGAAAGAAGAACAACGCUUAAUUGAUACGGCCCAGCCGUUAACCGAAGAGGAGCAACAAGAAAAAAAUGAGCUACUCACGCAAGGUCUGGCGAACUGGAGCAAACGAGAUUUUACAGCGUUUGUUCGGGCAAACGAGAAGUACGGACGACAUGACAUCGAAAAUAUCGCGAACGAAAUGAUAGAGACAAAGUCUCGAGACGAAGUUGAGUACUACGCGAAGAUAUUCUGGGAACGAUUCGAGGAGUUGCAGGAUCACGAAAAGAUUCUGGCUCAGAUCGAAAAGGGAGAGGCCAGAAUUCAACGUCGGCAGUCUGUCAAACGUGCUUUGGAUGCGAAAAUUGCGAAAUAUAAGGCUCCAUUCCAUCAAUUACGUAUUGCAUAUGGAACUAAUAAGGGGAAGACAUAUACGGAAGAGGAAGAUAGGUUCCUCGUAUGUGAGUUGCAUCGGUUAGGAUUUGACAAGGAGACCGUCUAUGAAGAGCUGAGGCAGUCUGUUAGAAUGGCUCCACAAUUCCGAUUUGAUUGGUUCAUCAAGAGCAGAACAGCCAUGGAACUUCAACGUCGAUGUAAUACAUUGAUUACGUUGAUAGAGAAGGAAAUGGGUGAAACAGAAGUUAAACAUCGAACAAAAAAAGAUAACAAGGAAAAGGCCAGUGCCCCUUCAGAAGCCGGCAGUGCAACUCCUUCGAGAACUCCUUCAGGAAAGAAAUUGGGAAGGCCCAAGACUAGCAAAUAA